AUGUCCAGCAGACUUCAAGUGUAUCAACUACUGAGCCACUACAUUCAGGAACAUAGCAGUGCAGUACACUUACUAUCGUUCCAUGCCUCCUGCUACCAUCUCUGGGUUUCGACUUUUUGUUGUAUCAAACGGGGCUGUGCUUCUCAAGUGGGAACGAUUAUUUGGUUUCUUCUUUAUGUGCUCCCGUGGGCACUGGCUGCUAUGAAUCCAUCCCGAUGGGCGCAGAUUGUCCUUAGUAGCGCAAUAUAUUCAGCCGUAAUUCCUCACUUUAUUUGGGCAAUUAUGCAAGUUGUGCGCAUCUCCAGGAUGCACGGCAGGCGAGCACUACUUAAGUCUGCUGCUAUCAAUGGUUUACUAACCAUUCUGCUUCUAUUUAAUCCGACGAUUCCUUUUAAGCCAGACUAUGGACUAGCCAUUCAGAGAGCCUUCCCCCUCGUACCCUUUAGAAACGCACUUCUCCCCAUAACACUUCCGGGUGCGCUCCCCUUGGAGAUGCCUCUCUACGUCCACAUCUCUUACAUUUUGAUAGGAGGAAUAGUCAUUCCCGUGAUGGUUCACAUUUACUUGCUAUAUUUAGUGGCAUUUGUCAUUGCUAUCUAUAGACUUUGCUGUUCGUGCACUGCCAAAAAACCAGGAGAUCAGGAUGCACCGAUCAAGAGCUGUGUUGAUACUGAUGUAGAUUGA